CACAGAAUUAUUGCAAUCAGUGCAAAAACGCGCUUGCAACGAAACGGUAUUGCGACACGAACAAAUCCAUUAGUUUAUCGAGAACGCCGUACUACAUUUUCAAUCACUUAAAUUUAGUCGUAAAGGAUUUGCUUUGACAAUAAAAUUGCUUAUUAAACUCAGUGAAGACGACGCGCUUGUUCGAGAUGCGCUUACUUCCGUCGGUGACGUUGCUGUUGUUGGCGGUCGCGUUAACCAAAGCAGUGCCAUUGCCUGUCGAGGAUAGCGCAGAGUCUAAAUCUCCUUCGGUGGAAGAAGUCGAUGCUCCUGACGCAGAGUCAGACGAGUCGCAAGAGCAAACUAAAUCACUUAAAAAACGUUCGCCUGACGCCAUACCCGAUGUAGACUUGUGUAAUCACCACAUCCACGCUAAAGACAGUUCUGAAUUUGGCAGUGAAGAUGCAUAUGAGCGUUAUUAUGAACUUGAGAAAAAAUAUGACAGCGAAAUUAGAAGGAGACGCCAUCAAAUUGACAAUAAGAACUCAUCACAGGAACAUUCUUCGGAGGAGGUUGGAGGUGAUUUGUUAGUAUGGGAAUUACGUAAAAAACGAAAUGCCGAUAACAGUUCAUCAGAGGAAGAUUCGUCCGAGGAGAAAGGUAAAGCUGGUGCGCCUGGAGCCAGUGACGGAGAUGGUGCCAAAGGAUCAGAUGGAGCACGUAGAAAGCGCAAAGCUGAUGAUAGCUCAUCUGAAGAAGACUCAUCAGAAGAAAAAGGCAAGCCAGGUGCACCCGGAGCGAGUGAUGGCGAAGGAACAAAAGGAUCAGAUGGGGUGCGUAGAAAACGUAAAGCUGACGAUAGUUCAUCAGAGGAAGAUUCAUCCGAGGAGAAAGGUAAAGCUGGUGCGCCUGGAGCCAGUGACGGAGAUGGUGCCAAAGGAUCAGAUGGAGCGCGUAGGAAACGUAAAUCUGAUGACAGUUCAUCAGAGGAAGAUUCGUCCGAGGAGAAAGGCAAACCAGGUGCGCCCGGUGCAAGUGAUGGUGAAGGAGCAAAAGGAUCAGAUGGAGCACGUAGAAAGCGUAAAGCUGAUGACAGUUCAUCGGAGGAAGAUUCAUCCGAGGAGAAAGGUAAAGCUGGUGCGUCUGGAGCCGGUAACGGAGAUGGUGCCAAAGAAUCAGAUGGAGCACGUAGAAAGCGUAAAGCUGAUAAUAGCUCAUCUGAAGAAGACUCAUCAGAAGAAAAAGGCAAGCCAGGUGCACCCGGAGCGAGUGAUGGCGAAGGAACAAAAGGAUCAGAUGGAGCACGUAGAAAGCGCAAAGCCGACGAUAGUUCUUCCGAAGAAGAUUCGUCCGAGGAGAAAGGUAAAGCUGGUGCGUCUGGAGCCGGUAACGGAGAUGGUGCCAAAGGAUCAGAUGGAGCACGUAGAAAGCGCAAAGCUGACGAUAGUUCUUCCGAAGAAAAUUCGUCCGAGGAGAAAGGCAAAGCCGGUUCACCAGGUGCGAGCGAAGGAAAGGGUGCAGACAGAGCGCGUAGAAAACGUAAAGCCCACGAUAGCUCCUCAGAAGAAGAUGACAGUUCCAAUUCAACAGAGGAAGAUUCGUCGGAAGAAAAAGUCAAAGCAAGAACUAUCGAAAUAAAUCAACUAGAUGUUCGACGUUUAAAACGAAAAGUAAGCAAGAAAAUGAUACCUGAGAGCAAUGAAGAUUUCAACGACGUACUUAACUUCAAUUCGAACUCCGAUGAAAACAACGAAGCCAAUGAUGUGUUGGAUGCUAAAAAGGAUUCCUCUUUGGAGGAUUACGUGCAGGGUUGUGAGGUAAUGGAAGCAGAUUCGGAUGAAGCCAACGAAACGACCUAUAUCGAGGAUAGACGCAAACGAUCAUUGGAGAGUGAUGAGAAAAGCGAAAACGCCAAAUCGUCUGCUGAAAAUGCUAAACAAAGUGCAGAAGAUAAUACAAAUGAGGACAAUGAUAGCGGGGAUGAAUCCCAGCAAGUUUCGAAAGAACGACAUGCUAAUAAGCCUGUUCUUCCGCAAGCUUUAUCUGAAGAAUCAGAGGAAUCUGAAGCGGAAGAUUAGGUUUUCGCCGAGAUUACUAAAGCGAAUCCAGUGUGGAAAAAUAUUAUUUACUGCGUUUUAAUAAUAAUUUACAACAAUUUGAUGCUGUACUGCUUAAGCUUCGUGUUAAUGUGUUUUUAAAUAAUAAAUUAUGUAAUAAUAAAUUGUGUCUUAAACUAA